AUGUCUUCUCUGCACUCGGCCUUGAAGGCUCUUGCACCGUGCGACUGGUCUGAUAUCCCGCAGGACCCUGAUGAGUUAGAUCCCUUUCUGGCCGACCUCUUCUCACAGGCGCAAACCGUCAUCGAGUCUAUUCCAAUCCCUGACCCUGAACCUUCCCACCGCCAUCGCGCGCAAACGACAGGUUCGAUAGCCUCUAGUGCCUCCGAAAUCAGACCCUCAUCAGCCCGAAGCCCGCCUCCGCCGUCCGAGUAUGCAGCUUUACAGAAAGAAUGGGGAAAGCCAAUCAAGCUGUCUGCCAAAGAGAAUCCCUUGGGGAUCUCCGUUUACAAAGCCAGCAGCAAAGACGGGAAAGGUUCAUGGUUUGCGCGAAGGAGCGUCCAUGAAGGCUUAGGCUUCAGUAGGUUCAAGAGAGGGUUCGAACGAGAGUUUCCUACCUCAUUAGCUGUACAGGGUGCUCCGGGGGAAGGCAACAUCAGAGGCAUUGGCGCAGAUCAAAAAGUCGAAGAAAUAGGCGUGCCGAACAGAGGCAAGGUAGAGGUCUACCGGCUCAGUGCACAGUUUCCAGGGCCAACAACGCCCCGGGACUUUGUAACGCUGCUGGUCACUUCGUCAAAGGCCCUCAAACAGCAUGACGAUUCCCACGAACUACCUCCCCGACACUACAUGAUCAUUUCCAAACCCUGCAAUCACCCCGAGACCCAACCUGGAAACGGCUUCAUUAGAGGCCAGUAUGAAUCAGUAGAGUUCAUUCGUGAAAUUCCUCGGAAACUUAAAACCUCUACCUCCUCUACGGAUCUAAGUCAUCUGGGCCGCCAUGAGGAAUCAUUGGAGAAGGAAGUGUCGAAACAAAGUGCUGAGAAGCAUCAGACUUCCGACCAUCUACAUGACAACCAGCACCUGCAAGUUGACACACAUGGAUCUUUGGGCCGGGACCUCUCUCCUGGCAGGAAAAGGGGCGCAACAGUCAGCGCGGCUCUCAGUUCAAGUCCUACACCACAUUCCAACCAACAGUAUGACCCUGAAGAUCACCCUGUGGAGUGGAUCAUGGUUACCCGGAGCGAUCCUGGCGGCAGCGUUCCUCGUUUCAUGGUUGAGAGAGGUACUCCAGGAAGCAUCUGUGCUGAUGCGCUUAAAUUCCUUGACUGGGCAUGUCAGAGAGAAGAAGCUGACGACUUCCUGGACAAUUCUCCGUCAAGACCUCACGGUCAUCGCAAGGAGAGUUUCGCGAGCUGGGAAGCAAAUGGCACUCUAGCCGGUGUCAGGGAGCAUGAAGAAGCAUCAACACCAAAAGCCGAGGCUGUGGAUUCAGAGCGGCUAUUACCGUCGUCUUCGGGCCUCGUGGCGACAGUCGCGGAGACGCUCAAGCAUAACACACCUCAAGUGGUGAAGGAUCAUAUACCCAACUUUCCUCCACUGACCAGUCCCGCAUCAGAAGCGACACCGGCUGAGUCCCAGCACUCUCAAUCAAAUGAAGACCAAGACAAUGACGACGCUUCUUCAACUGUUUCAACACUGUCAUUCGCGUCCGCAGAUUCACACUUGACUUCACACGUGACUUCGGAUGAGGAUCCCUCGAUUUCUUCAAAAUCUUUAUCUGAGAAUACCACGGAAAGUCAAUUAGUCUCGCAACAUGAUAAAGAGCUUGCGAAGCUCGCAGAACGCAAAGCAGCCCUGGACUCGAAAUUUGCUCAACAGCGUGAAAAAUUGUCGAGUCAAGCUUCGAAACAUCACGAAAAAGAGCACGAGGCGGUCCAAAAGGCACAUGUCAAGCACGCAAAGGAGCUCAAGAAACACGAAGAAAAGUACGAAAAAGAAGUGGCCAAGCUGGAACAGAAAAAGAAGAAGCAGGCGAAGAAACUGGCUGAGAAGCAGCGGAAGCAGAGCGAGAAGGACGAAAAAGUUCGCCUCACGCGGGAACGAGACGAGGCCAGAGCAGAAGUCGAGAUUCUGAAAAAGGAGCAAGAAAUUUUUACUCGUCAAAUCGGCGAGCUGCAAAAAGAAAACACGGCUCUCAUGGCACAUAUUGGCAAACUUGAAAGCGGAUUGACCCCUGAUGGAGGUGGUGGUGGUGGUCUCAGUCCGCUCAGACUCAGAGCCUUGACGGUUGGACAUGAGAAUCGGAACCGAAGUUCAAGUAUUCUGAAUCGACUCAAGAACAAGAGCGAGUCUGGCAAUGAAGGUUUAUGA